ACCCCGUAGUCGUGAGAAACUCUCGGCGUGAUCGCGGCCGCCAUUUUACAUCAUCUACAGUGGAGGAGCAGAGCCGGACCUACGGCGGGGAGUUAUACACCUUUCUCCGUUUUUUUUCCAAAUUCCCUUCCUUCCGAAAUAAUCUAUACCACAUACCACCGCGAACCAUUAGCAGAUGUCUGGAGACAUGGCCACAGAACAUGUUAAUGGAAAUGGUACUGAAGAACCAAUGGACACCAGUGCUGCAGUUACCCAUUCUGAACACUUCCAGACUUUAUUAGACGCUGGUUUACCACAGAAAGUUGCUGAAAAACUAGACGAAAUUUACAUAGCAGGCUUGGUAGCACACUGUGACUUGGACGAGAGGGCGAUUGAGGCAUUGAAGGAGUUUAAUGAGGACGGCGCCCUGCAAGUUUUACUCCAGUUUAAGGAUAGUGAUCUGUCGCAUGUGCAAAACAAAAGUGCCUUUCUCUGCGGUGUGAUGAAGACGUACAGGCAGCGGGAGAAGCAGGGCACCAAAGUUUCAGAUUCCAGCAAAGGACCGGAUGAGGCCAAAAUAAAGGCUUUGCUGGAAAGAACCAGCUACACACUCGACGUGACGACCGGUCAGCGAAAGUAUGGCGGCCCCCCCCCAUCCUCCGUGUACUCGGGCGCACAGCCCACCAUCGGUACAGAGAUUUUUGUGGGUAAAAUCCCAAGAGACUUGUUUGAGGAUGAGCUCGUACCCUUGUUUGAGAAAGCGGGCCCCAUCUGGGACCUCCGCCUCAUGAUGGACCCCCUCAGCGGCCUAAACAGGGGCUACGCCUUUGUCACUUUCUGUACUAAGGAGGCCGCCCAGGCCGCUGUUAAACUGUGUAAUAACAACGAAAUUCGCCCCGGCAAACACAUCGGCGUGUGCAUUUCCGUAGCCAAUAACCGACUGUUUGUGGGCUCCAUCCCCAAGAGCAAAACAAAGGAGCAGAUUGUAGAAGAAUUUGCCAAAGUCACAGAAGGUCUCAGUGACGUCAUACUUUACCAUCAGCCGGACGACAAGAAGAAGAACAGGGGGUUCUGCUUCCUGGAGUACGAGGACCACAAGAGCGCCGCUCAGGCCCGCCGCCGGCUGAUGAGCGGCAAGGUCAAAGUGUGGGGCAACGUGGUGACAGUGGAGUGGGCCGACCCCAUCGAGGACCCCGACCCCGAGGUCAUGGCCAAGGUGAAGGUCUUGUUUGUGCGGAACCUGGCCAGCACUGUGACGGAAGACAAACUGGAAAAGGCCUUCAGCCAGUUCGGCAAGCUGGAGCGAGUCAAGAAGCUGAAAGACUACGCCUUCAUCCACUUCGAUGAGAGGGACGGCGCCGUAAAGGCACUGGCCGAGAUGAACGGCAAAGACUUGGAGGGCGAGCACAUCGAAAUCGUUUUCGCCAAGCCCCCGGACCAGAAGCGGAAAGAGCGCAAAGCACAGAGGCAGGCGGCCAAGACUCAAAUGUAUGACGAUUACUAUUACUACGGCCCUCCCCACAUGCCCCCUCCCUCGAGAGGCCGAGGCCGAGGUGCCAGCCGUGCAGGUUACACGUAUCCCCCUGAGUACUACGGCUACGAGGAUUAUUAUGAUUACUAUGAUUACCAUAAUUACCGCGGUGGAUACGAGGACCCGUACUACGGCUACGACGACUUCCAGGCCCCAGUCCGAGGAAGGGGGGGCAGAGGCGCUCGGGGCUCGUCCCCGGCACGGGGCAGGGGGGCUGGCGCCCCCCGAGGCAGGUCCAGCUUCUCUCAGCGGGGGGGCCCCGGGCCGAGCAGGGGCGCACGAGGAGCCCGAGGGGGCAUGCAGCAGCGAGGCCGUGGGCUCUCGCUAUAUAGUGCUCUUAGAUUCCCGCUGCGCAGUGCAUAUAGUACUGCACGGACGAGGUGUAGAAGCAUUCACUUCAUACCGUAAUGCUGGGUGGAGCAGAGAACCUAACUGACCUCUCAGUACAGACAAGGGUAACUUCAUAAACGUAAGCAUAUUUUUAAAAGUAACUUAAAAUCAGCAAUCUAUGCAUAGAUUGAAGUUGACAUUCAUUUUAAAUAAAAAAUUUUAAAUGAUGCAUCCAUGUUCACUUGAUCUUUAUUGUUUCUUUUAUGUUUCUGAAUUUUGCUAUUGGCAAAGACACCAAUAUGUGGCCUGCUGGGAUGUGGCCUGCUGGGAUGUGGCCUGCUGGGAUGUGGCCUGCUGGGAUGUGGCCUGCUGGGAUGUGGUGUCUGAAACUCGCAUCUUGUUUUACGAUUUCCCUGUAUAUUGUUUGGCUGUACAUUUUGAGUAGUAUCUGUCUUAAAGGCAAAGGUUUUGUUUAAAAACAAUUUAAAUAACUAUUAUAAAUUACACAAAUCCUUAAUAGUUUUAUUGAUCCCCAUGGGGUAAUUCUUUUUACGAUUCCCCCAACUUGCUCUCUGUAGCAUCUAAAAUAGCAUUUUGCAUAAAAAAAAAGUUCUUUGCUGCUUGAACACACACUUUAAAAAAAUAAAACUUCAUAUUGGCUGAAAUGUGAAUUUGCAGCAGUCACAUUGCAUGAAAUUUGAGGCUAAUUAUGGGGGUUUGAAUAGGGUUUGGCACAUGGAGGCUGAGUGUCGCCGUGUCACUUUCUGUGCCUUUAAAAUGUAAAGUCAGAGCUGGUUUCUAUUCGGCUACUGCAGGGUGUCUGUCAGGCAGGGGGAGUGUGAGUGUGGGAGCUUAAUGCAGGAGCCGUAUGAAUGAGACGCGUUCAGAGAAGGUGACAUGAAACGUGACGCUGGAGCUGGGAUCUUCUGUGUGCUGACAGCUUAAAAUCGCAGCUUUCCAGUGCCCUGUGCUACGAAGCGGGUUCCUGGCUUAUCGGGGUAACUUGUCGGAUUUAAGGUAGUCUGGGCAAAAUGUAAGUGAACGAAUAUGAAGUCCAUUUAAACUGUGGUACCUUAAAUCCGACAAGUUACCCCAAUAAGCCAGGAACCCGCUUCGUAGCACAGGCCACUGGAUGGACAGCUGGACGGUGCUCUUCCCCUGUGCCCUUUGUAUUAUUCCCCUCUGUGUCCUGUAUACUUGGGGUGUUUUCUCCUGUUCAGUCAUGUUUAAACUGGAGGCACAAAAUUCCCAUUAACUAAGGUGUGAAAGGGACACAUUUUGACAUCUCCCCCCGCCGGACAUGAACCAUUGCCUUUACACAUCCCAGCAAGACCGUCUCUCUCUGGGUAUCACAUAAGGUUAGAUGUAUGGCCAUUUGACUUUCGUUGCCUAGUUGAACGUCAUGUAACUCUUUCGAAUCGCCAUGUUUCUCUGUGCCAUCUUGGAUGCUCUUCUGAUUGGAUGCUUUUGUCACCUGACUGGCAGGGAAAGGGGGUUGACACCAGUCCUGAACUUUUACUAUGAAGACUGACUUGCUGUGCGGGGUUACACCAGAAGCUGCCAAUGGACACGAGGCUAAGGUCAACACGAUGGUCCAAUGAUAUUCCAGCCUUAUAGAAGCAUCUCCCAGACUGCCACCACGAAGAUAAUCAUCGGAGCAAAUUCGAGACUUGUUACGUGCUUGGACUUUUACUUCGUACACAUUUGGAUAAAAAGCCUUGCAUUUUAGCUGACUUGCCACCUCCCCUGUUCCUGCCCCGUCGUUUUAAGUACCUAUCAAAGAUGUUCAGAUUUCCUGAGGGAUUCUCGUCCCGAAAUGAAAUGUAAAAUGUAUUUUGCACUUUGUCUUAGUUUUGAAGUGGCUCGAAGGAGCUUGAUGCUAUUGUAUAUUUUUUUUUUUUUUUGUUUUGUUUUUCGUUCUAAUUGCAGCUUUAUGUUGGAAUAUAUUAAUCUAAAUUGUUUUGAUUUGGAGAGGUUUUGAAGAGGAUGUUUUUGCCGGUUUUAGGUGUAACCACCUGGCAUCUGCGGUCAGGCAUUCCAGGAAAGUGGUUCUUUUCAGAACUUGUCUUUUUAAGGGUUGGUUAACUACCUCAGUACAGAGGAUUAAACUGCCCUGUCUGUACUGUAAAUAAGGAAACGUUAUUGAUGAAAGCAGGGCUUGUUCCCCACUAAAUAUGCACACAUGGGCAGCGGCGGCGGCGGAGCUUGAUUUGCUCCUUGUAAUAUAGAGCUGGUGCUGCCCUGACAUCGUGAACAGUCAAACUGGGCAUGUAUACUAAUCUCAUAUGAUGAGCCUGAACAAGCCCUGCCUUCAUCCUAUUUGAACUGAAUUAGCUACCUUGCUUCUUCAGAUUAUGUAGUUACUGGUUGUAUGAUAGUUUAGAAAAAUGUUACUUUUGUAAGAGCUUGAACAUAAAAAAAGCUUCACAGCUACUUUUGAAUAUCUCUGCGGUGUCCCCCUUUCUCACAGCAGAUGAGUCUUUUUUGAUACUAACUCACCGGUUUUGAAAGCUGUGUACACGUUUAUUUUUGGAGGUCACUGGAUGUCAUUUGUGUACCAGCUGUAAUCAUGCACACCACGAACAGUGAUGGAUAUCAUAAAGAGCUGCUUUUUUUCCCCCUCGUUCCAUUCAUGUGAACGGUAAAAGGGUCAUAAGUUACGGUGUGCGUGACUGCGACGACAGCGCUGUGUCCAGGAAGACCGAUCGAUCCCCUGGUUUAAGGGGGAUACUGCAGCCGUGUAUUUUUUUCUUAUUCCAUAAGUUGCAAAAAGGAAACUGAACACUUGAUCUGGUUUUGUACACAGUUAACUCCCUCUCAAAUCUGUAUAAUUACAAGCAGACCUUUGAAAAGUUGUUACCGGUUUUAAACUAUUGUUGGUGGCCAACAACCGUUUUUGCAUUCCUGCAAAUAAAUUGUUUUAUACUGUAAGAUGAGGUGAGUAACUUAUUUUUGUAAUAAAGUUUUUGAUUUUUA